CCUCAAGCGCCCAACCCACUCACCAUCCACUCAAAACGACUUUGCCUCCCAUUGAAAUACCUCCUCCAUCCUAUCCCCAUCGAUCCUCUUUCUCUCUCUCUCCACCUACCCCUUCGCAUCACCCCUUACCACCACUACUCCUGAUCCACCAUGUCUGAGCGCAAGGUCCUCAACAAAUACUUCCCCCCGGAUUUCGAUCCCGCCCUGAUUCCCCGGCGUAAGCAACCGAAGGAUCUCCAACACAAAGUCCGUCUCAUGACCCCGUUCUCCAUGCGCUGCAACACCUGUGGCGAAUACAUCUACAAGGGCAAGAAAUUCAACGCCCGCAAAGAAACCACGGACGAGACCUACCACUCCAUCAAGAUCUUCCGCUUUUAUAUUCGCUGUAACCGCUGUGCUGCCGAAAUCACCUUCAAGACCGACCCCGCCAAUACCGACUACGUCGCCGAGAACGGUGCCCAGCGAAACUUUGAGCCCUGGCGUGAUGAGGAGGGCAAAGGAAAGACGGCCGCAGAACGUGAGGAGGAAGAGGAGAAUAACCCGAUGAAGGCGCUCGAGAACCGGACACAGGAUUCGAAACGAGAAAUGGAGAUCAUGGACGCUCUGGAUGAGAUCCGGACCAGGAAUGCGUUGAAUGAACGAUUGGACGCGGAUACACUGUUGGAUAAGCUCGUCGAUUCUGAGCAGGAUAUUCGGCUUCGACAGCAGCAGCAAGAGGAUGAGGAGGACGAGCGAUUGGCCAGAGCGGUGUUUAAGGAUGUGGAUGGAGAUAGAGUCAAGAGACUGAAUGAUGAUUUGGAUGAGGAUGUGGAGGGAGAAGUCAGUGCGGCCAAGGUGGCCAUGGCCAAGUUUGCGCAGCCCUUGGCACUCCCGGACUUUAAGACACCGCUGGCCAAGAAGCGUAAGCAAGGUGGAUCACUUGGACUGGUCAAGGCCACGACAGAGACGGCAACGCCAAGUGCAGCAUUAACAUCGUCAAUAUCGGCAUCGACAGGUUCAUCCGCAAUGGCAACAGGAGCGACGACAGUAACGAGCAAACCAGCAAGCAAACCUUCAUCGCUAUUGUCGCUGAUCGGCGACUAUGGCUCGGAUUCGGAAUCGGAUUAAUCAUCUUUCAAACAACCCCCAAUCGACAAAAUAUGCUUUCAUGUAUGCUAUGCUUAAUAAACCCACUUCAGUCCGC